ACAGCACUCCAAGCACGUGCUUCUAUUCCGUCUUCCCCACUGCACUCCCGUCGGCCACUCAGCGAGUAACGUGCGAGGGGCUGUUCCUGUCACUGUUGGUCGACAAGCUGAAUCGGAUUUAGGAGAGUCACGUCGAGUCACAUGGAGUCAUAUGAGACUUGACGCGCCUCCUCCAGCUGGGAUCGCCAACAAUGGCGUCGUUAGAAGCUUUAUAAUAGUCAAUUCGUCAAGGUAGGAUCCUUGUUUUCGGUUAGAACACACGAGGACGACACUAAAACGCACAGGAACUUAGCCGUACCGCGCUCCUAGCGACCGUAGCCAAUUUACUCAUCUCGUAACAUUCUCUAAAGGUAGUAUCAACUAGGUCGCCAUCAUGUCGUCUAAGUCUAAGUCUAAAACGCGCGUGCGCCUCUCGCGGCUCCUUUCAUACGCGGGCUGCAUCCGUCCACGUGGCGACGAGACCGAGCUUCUCGGAGAGAAAGGCUUUCAGCGCCACGUGUACUGCAACGAGCCGCAGCGCCACGUGGAAAAAGGCAGCCACCUUCACUAUUGUAACAAUUCGAUCUCGACCACUAAGUACUCGAUCCUCUCCUUCCUUCCGAAGGCUCUCUUUGAGCAAUUCCGCCGCGUGGCCAAUCUCUACUUCCUACUCUGCGCCAUCCUCGCGCUCACCCCCCUCACGCCGUACGCGCCGUACAGUCUGAUCGCGCCGCUGGUGCUGGUGGUUGGCGUGAGCAUGAUCAAAGAGGCCAUCGAGGACUGGCGCCGCUUCCUCGCCGACGACGAGGUGAACAAGCGCAAGGUGCUGCGCCACGUGGGCGAGGGGAGCUUCGAGGCGUGCGAGUGGAAGGCGGUGCGCGUGGGCGACGUGGUCAAAGUCGUCAAGGACGAGUUCUUCCCCGCGGACCUCCUAAUGCUCGCCUCCAGCUACCCGGACGGCGUGUGCUACGUGGAAACAAUGAACCUGGACGGCGAGACCAACCUCAAGCUGCGCAAGGCGCUCGAGCGCACGCUCCCGCUCGAAGACCCCGCGGCGCUGGGGAAAUUCGCGGCGGAGAUCAAAUGCGAGGACCCGAACCCGAGCCUGUACACGUUCGUGGGGAACCUGGAGUGGGACGGGGAGGCGACGGCGCUCACCGCAGCGCAGGUGCUGCUGCGAGACUCGAAGCUGAGAAACACGGCGUGGGUGGUGGGCGUGGUGAUAUUCACGGGGCACGACAGCAAGGUGAUGAUGAACUCCACGGCGGCGCCGUCCAAGCGGAGCAGCAUCGAGCGGCGCAUGGACAAGAUCAUCUACUUCCUCUUCGCCUGCCUGCUGCUCAUGGCCGUCGUCGGCAGCAUUGUCUUCGGCGUGCGCACCAAGAACCAGAUGCCCUCCUGGUGGUACCUCGCGCCCACCAACACCGACGCGUACUACAACCCCGCCAAGCCCGCGGUGUCGUCGACGCUGCAGUGUCUGACGGCGAUCAUCCUGUACGGGUACCUCAUCCCCAUCUCGCUCUACGUGUCCAUCGAGAUCGUCAAGAUCUUCCAGGCGUGGUUCAUCAGCGCCGAUCGCGCCAUGUACUUCGCCGACACCGACAUGCCGGCGCGCGCGCGCACCAGCAACCUGAACGAGGAGCUCGGGCAAGUGGACACGGUGCUUAGUGAUAAGACUGGUACGCUGACGUGUAACCAGAUGGACUUCUUGAAGUGCUCGAUCGCGGGGGUGGCGUAUGGGCGCGGCAUUACCGAGGUGGAGCGCGCGACGGCGCGGCGAUUAGGGCGCGAUUUGAGCGAGCUGGAGGACUACGACGAGGAGGAGGAGCGCGCCGCGGCGGAGGCGGCGGCGAGCGGGACCGCGAAGCCGGGAAUUAAGGGGUUUGCGCUGCGGGAUAAUAGGCUGUUAGAGGGCGCGUGGCUGCAGCAGGAGCACCGCGAGGAGAUUAGGAUGUUCUUAAGGAUACUGGCCGUGUGCCACACCGUCAUUCCCGAGGUGGACGAAGCUUCCGGGCAGGUGGAGUACGAGGCGGAGUCGCCCGACGAGGCGGCGUUCGUGGAAGCUGCGCGGCAGAUGGGCGUGGCGUUCUUUAAGAGGACGCAGACGACGGUGUGCGUUAGGGAGCCCGACGACACGGGGGCCACCACCGUGGAGAGGGAGUACACCAUUCUGGCCCUAAUAGAGUUCAACUCGACGCGCAAGCGCAUGUCGGUGGUGGUGCGCGACCCCGCCAACCGCGUGUUCCUCUUCACCAAGGGUGCUGACUCCGUCAUCUACGAGCGCCUCGCGCCCGCCGGCCGGGAGUACCUGGAGGCCACCAGGGCCCACCUGCACCGGUACGGCGAGGCGGGGCUCAGGACGCUCGCGCUGGCGUACAGGGAGCUGAGUGAGGAGGAGUGCGGCGCGUGGUUGGAGCGGUUUGAGGCUGCGAGGAGGAGUUUGAGCGCGGAGAGGGAGGCGCUGGUGGAUGCUGCUGCGGAGGAGAUUGAGCAGGGGCUCACGCUGGUGGGGGCGACGGCCGUGGAGGACAAGCUGCAGCAAGGGGUGCCGGAGGCCAUCGACCGGCUGGCGCAGGCGGGCAUCAAGAUAUGGGUGCUCACAGGCGACAAGCUGGAGACGGCCAUCAACAUCGGCUUCGCGUGCUCUCUCCUGCGCGACGACAUGAAGCAGAUCGUCGUUUCGCUCGACUCGCCGGACAUUCGCAAGCUGGAGGACGCGGGGGACAAGGAGAAGCUCUCUGCGUUCUGCAGGGACAGGGUCAAGCGCCUGCUGCAGGAUGGAGCCGCACUCAUAGACCGUGGCGGGGCAGGGGGGCCGGGUGCAGGGGAGGACAGUAAUGGGGAGGCGGAUGGCAAUGGCGUCGGGGAGGAGGGAGACGGGGAGGGCGAGGGGGAGGGGGAUUCCGCGCGGGUGUUUGCGCUAGUGAUCGACGGCAAGUCGCUGGCGUUCGCCCUGGAGCCCGAGCUGCGGGCGCCGCUGCUGGCGCUGGCCAUGCAGUGCGCGUCCGUGAUCUGCUGCCGCGUGUCGCCCAAGCAGAAGGCGCUGGUGACACGGCUGGUGAAGGACGGCACGGGGCGCACGACUCUGGGCAUUGGGGACGGGGCGAACGAUGUGGGCAUGAUCCAUGAGGCGGACAUCGGUGUGGGCAUCAGCGGCGUGGAGGGGCAGCAGGCCGUGAUGGCGAGUGACUUUGCCAUUGCGCAGUUCAAGUAUCUUGAGCGCCUAGUGCUUGUGCACGGCCACUGGAGCUACAAGCGCAUCGCCAACGCCGUGACCUACUUCUUCUACAAGAACGUGGCGUUCGGGCUGACCAUCUUCUACUACAACGCGUACGCGGUGUUCUCCGGGCAGAUCGUGUACAACAGCUGGGCGUGCUCGCUGUACAACGUCUUCUUCACCUCGCUGCCCGUCAUCGGCUAUGGCGUCCUGGAGCAAGAUUUGUCGGACAAGCAGCUGCUCAUGUUCCCAGCGCUGUACCAGCAGGGCCCCAAGAACGUCUUUUUCCGGUGGACCACCAUCGCGCUGUGGCUCGUGUACGCCGUGUACCAGUCCAUCCUGCUCUUCUGGACGUGCCUCGCCGCCGUGCUGCCGCAGGCCUCUCUCCCCUCGGGCAAGCUGUUUGAGAUGAACGGGCUGAGCGCCACGCUCAUGACGGCCGUGGUGGUGGCGGUGAACAUUCAGAUUGCGCUGCAGACGGAGCACUGGACGUGGAUCACGCACCUCUUCAUCUGGGGCAGUAUCGCCGUCUGGUACCUCUUUCUCGGGGUCUACUCCUACUUCGGCCCGGAUUGGUCCACGGACUACUACUACAUUUUCUCGGAGGUGCUGGCUCCCAGUGCGUUGUACUGGCUGACAGGUCUCCUCCUCCUCCCGGUGAUGGCGGUGCUGCCGUACUUUGUGUUCCGCGGCGUGGAGUCGCAAAUAGCGCCCCCUGACCAGCAGGUGGUGCAGGAGAUAGUGCGCCUCAACCAGGACGAGGAGGCGGCUAAGGCAGCUGUGGCGCCGCCCAUGGCGCCCGUUGGAUUCACGGCGGCAGUGGAGGCGGUCAGCAAGCGGCUGAGGAAGGUGGAGAGGAAGAGGCGGAGACGAGGGGAGAAGUGAGGUUUCGGGUGGGGUGGGGCAUGAACGAGUUGCCAGCAUGGGAGGAAGUGGACAAGAGGAGGCGGCUGAGAAUGCUGUGGUGCUGCUGAUUGCACUGGUUGGGUUCAUGGCCGCGGUGAAGGCGGUCAGCAAGCGACCGAGGAAGGUGGAGACGAAGAAGAGGAGCGGGUGGGAGAAGUGAGGUGUGGGUAAAGGUGGGGGGUUGUGAUGGGGGGGAUUGCGUCGCAGGACGUGUGCGGCGAGCAGGGUUGCCAAGAGCGCUGGUUUGCUGGCCGUGGUAUGGGUUCACGGCAGUGUGGGGGGGGUGACCGAGAGAUGGAGGGCGGAGGAGAGGGAGGGAGAAAGACGGAGGGAUACAUGGGGUGCGUGAGGCAAGGAUGUGAUGGCCCUCUGCAAGUCAGUGCUCUGUCGGUGGUAUGUGUAGCACUUGUAGUGCGUCUUCUGUAUAUGUAUUGCUGAAGCAUGCCUGAUUGGAAUCUGGCUGUUGGGUAGGGCAAUAAUGAAAGCUUACACUGACUUACAUUAGUCGGUGGAGGCGGGCAGCAGGCGGUCGAGGAAGGUGGAGCGGAAGAGGAGAGGAGGGGAGAAGUGCAGUGUGGGGUGGGGUGUGGGUGGGUGGUGAAGGGGGGUUGUGGAGCAGGAUGAGGAGAUAUGGUUACUGCUGCUGUGGUGCUGGUCAUUGUACCGGUUGGCCUCACAACGGCUGUGGAGGUGUGAGCAGAGCAGCAAGCGGCUGAGGAAGGUGGAGAGGAAGAGAAGACGAGGGGAGAAGUGAGGCGUGGGGCAGAGGGUGGGAGGUGGGGGAGUUGGUGCUCUUGAAGCGGACGAGCAGGGCUGCCAGCCAAGAGCAUUGUCCUGCCGUUCGAACCAUGGCUUGGGCUGACCACAGCGGCUGUGGCAAGGGCAAGCAAGAGAGAGGCUGGCAGGGGAGUGGCGAUGGCAGGACAGGACUCAUGGCGUGCACGUGGCCAAGUGUGACAGACAGCUCCCCUGCAACUUGCUGCUGUGUUGGUAAUUUGUGCAACAUUUCUGCUGUUAGGUGGAGUGUGUAUAUGUAUUGCUGACGCAUGUCAAAUCGGAAGCUGGCUGUAGGGUAAUGAAGGAAAUGAUUUUUCAGUUGAAUUGAAUAGAGAUUAGACCAAUAC